AAUCGAAAUAAAAGGGAAGAAAGACCAAUUAGGAAGAAAAAAAACAAAAAGGAAAAGAAGACAAAUAAUUCGACCCAAAAAUGCCUGAACAAAAUCAUGCCAUUCCUCUUCUUACUCCUUACACGAUGGGAAACUUCAGUCUUUCCCAUAGAAUCGUUUUGGCACCACUGUUUAGAGCAAGAUCUUACAAUAAUGUUCCUCAGCCCCAUGCUGCCAUAUAUUACUCUCAAAGAGCUAGCAAGGGAGGUCUUUUGAUAGCUGAAGCUAAUUCUAUUUCACCCACUUCUCAAAACCAUCCAAACACACCUGGGAUAUGGUCAAGAGAGCAAAUCGAAGCAUGGAAACCUGUUGUGGAUGCUGUUCAUGCCAAAGGUGGUAUAUUCUUCUGUCAGAUUUGUCAUGUUGGAAGGGUUUCAGAUCCAGAUUUUAAGCCAAAUGGGCAAGCUCCAAUAUCAUCAACUAACAAGCCACUGGCACAAGAUGGUAAUGACCUGAAACCAAGGCAGCUAAGAACAGAUGAAAUUCCUCAUAUUGUCAAUGACUUCAGACUUGCUGCAAGGAAUGCUAUGGAAGCAGGCUUUGAUGGAGUUGAGAUCCAUGGGGCACAUGGUUUUCUAAUUGACCAAUUUUUGAAAGAUCAAGUUAACAACAGAACAGACAAAUAUGGUGGGUCUCUAGAGAAUCGUUGCCGCUUUGCACUAGAAGUUGUUGAAGCUGUUGUUCAAGAAAUAGGGGCAGAUAGAGUUGGAAUGAGACUAUCACCUUUUUCAGACUACAAUGAAUGUGUUGAUUCUAACCCUGAAGCUUUGGGCCUCUACAUGGUCAAAUCUCUUAACAAACAUGGUGUUCUUUAUUGCCACAUGGUUGAGCCAAGAUGGGACAUAUCUGGAGAAAAUAAAGAAAGCCCUUAUAGCCUUGUACCAAUGAAGAAGGCUUUUAGUGGCACUUUUAUUGUUGCUGGGGGUUAUGAUAGAGAAGAAGGCAACAGGGCUGUGAUUGAGAACAGGACAAAUCUUGUUGCAUAUGGUCGUUUGUUUUUGGCUAAUCCAGAUUUGCCUAAGAGAUUUGAGCUUGAUGCACCACUAAACAAGCACAAUAGGGACACUUUCUACACUUCUGAUCCAGUUAUAGGUUAUACUGACUACCCCUUUCUUGAAAGCAUUGUUUAAGAAUCACAUGAUUGAGGAGUGUUCCUUAGUCAAUUUCUC